AUGGGUGGAGGGGAGGGUGCGGCUGUUGUCGCUGCUGCGCUAGGAGGGGGGUGCGCGGUAUAAAUGCGGAGCGCGGAGCGGGCCGCUCACCGCGGCGUGCACUGCGGGCGUGGUGCGGGCCGCUGCCAGCGCGAUGAUGCUGCUGCUGUAGAGACGGCGCCAGCACCUGGACGGGGGCGGCACCCGAGAUGAGAUCGCGCUGCCGGCAGCUGCGCAGAGGCACCCGUCCGGAGCGAGGAGCUCCCAGCAACCCCGAGCUCCACCCCGGGACCUCCACUCCGACUCUUCCACCUGACUCCCUCCUCCAUUCCGUGACCUCCACUUAGUGCCGACAUCCCAACUCCUCCACCCCAGACUCCUCCCUCCACUGCAGGACCUCCACCCGGAACCUCCACGCAUUCCGACACCUUCACACUCCACCUCGUCCACGUCUCCUCCUCCCCCGGUCCCGCGAUGUCGUUGACCGCGCCGCCGCCGUCGCCGCUGGUGGUGGCGGCGGCGGCUUCGGCGUCUUUGGCGGCGUCCCUGCUGCUCGCGCUGCCGCUCCCGUGCGCUGGCGCCGAGUCCGCCCCGCACGGCUGCAGCUCGGCCGAGCCGCCGUGCUCCACCACAAACGCGAGCGACGAUCACCACCACGUGCUCACCGCGGGCAUCCACGUGGUGAGCGUGGACUUCCACCACGUGCGCGUGCCCUUCGGCAUCACCCUGUGGAUCCUGCUCGCGUCGCUCGCCAAGAUCGGCUUCCACCUGUCGUCACGCCUCUCCUCGCUGGUGCCCGAGAGCUGCCUGCUGAUCGUGGUGGGGCUGCUGGCCGGGGGCAUCCUCACCCUGACGGGCGCCACCUCGAGCAGCGAGCACCAGGGCUCCUUCAUGUCCUCCGAGGUGUUCUUCCUGUACCUGCUGCCGCCCAUCGUGCUGGACGCCGGCUACUUCAUGCCGGUGCGUCCCUUCCUGGACAACCUGGGCACGAUCCUGUGGUACGCGGUGCUGGGCACGCUGUGGAACGUGUUCGGCGUGGGGCUGACGCUGCACGCGGUGUGCGCAUUGGUGCCUUCACUGGGCCUCGCGUCGCUAGGCCUGGUGCACCUUCUGCUGUUCGCGUCGCUCAUCUCGGCCGUCGACCCGGUGGCCGUGCUGGCUGUGUUCGAGGAGAUCCACGUCAACGAGCAGCUCCACAUCCUGGUGUUCGGGGAGUCGCUGCUCAACGACGCCGUCACUGUGGUGCUAUACAACCUGUUCCGGGCCUUCUCCACGAUGAAGGUCGUCACCUCCGUGGACGUGCUGCUCGGCGCCACCAAGUUUCUGGUGGUGGGUCUGGGCGGGGUGCUCAUUGGCGCGCUGCUGGGCAUGGUGGCCGCCCUUACCACGCGCUUCAGUGACCACACUCGCGUCAUCGAGCCCCUCUUCGUCUUCCUCUACAGCUACCUCGCCUACCUCAUCGCCGAGAUGUUCCAGCUGUCCGGCAUCAUGGCGAUGGUGGCGUGCGCCAUGAGCAUGAAGCAGUACGUGGAGGCGAAUGUGUCGCAGAAGUCGCACACCACCAUCAAGUACUUCAUGAAGAUGCUGAGCAGUGUGAGCGAAACGCUCAUCUUCAUAUUCCUGGGCGUGGCCACGGUGAACGGGAGCCUCGAGUUCAACUGGGCCUUCCUCUCUCUCACGCUGGUGGCCUGCCUCGUGUGGAGGGCCCUCGGCGUGGUGGUGCUCACCUUCAUCAUCAACCGCUACCGCCUGGUGUCGUUGACGGCCAAGGACCAGUUCAUCAUCGCGUACGGCGGCCUGCGCGGCGCCAUCUGCUUCUCGCUCGUCUACCUCCUGCCCGCUGACUUCCCCAAGAAGCAGCUCCUCAUCACAGCCACCAUCAUCGUCAUCCUCUUCACCGUCUUCGUACAGGGGAUGACGAUCCGGCCGCUCGUCGACCUCCUGGAGGUGAAGAGGAAGAGCAGGAGUCCCCCAACCGUGAGCGAGGCCAUAACCGUGCAGUUCCUGGACCACCUGCUGGUCGGUAUCGAGGACGUCUGUGGACACUGUGGCCAGCACUACUGGAAGGACAAGUUUGAGAAGUUCAACAACCGGUACCUGAGGCGCUGGCUGAUCCGCGAGCGCACGCUACGUGAGUUUAACUUCGUGGCCAUCUACCAGAAGCUGGAGGUGAAGCAGGCGCUGGAGCUGGUGGAGAGCGGCAACCUGAGCCGUGUGCCGUCCACCGCCACAUUCAUGAAUGAAGCCAUCACGGAGCCGUCUCGCCCGGCUCCCGUGGCGCUCAAGCAGGUGGUGGACGUGCGCAAGAUUCUAAACCAGCACAUGUACAGGACCCGACAGAGGCUGGCGUCGUACAGCCGCCACACGCUGCCGCUGGACCAGGAGAAGCAGGAGAAGGAGAUCCUCAUCCGCAGGAAGCAGUUCCUGGACAUGCAGCGUCAGGAUGUGAACCGCUCUCUGCUGUGCGUGCCGCCCAUGCCGGGGACGCCGCCGACGCUGCGCCACCUCCCACGCCACUUAUCAGUGAGCGAGGAUGGAGAAUCCGGCGAGUGGGGCGGCCAAACCGUGCCCAAAAUCGUCGUCGACCUGGCAUCGCCGCUCUCAGGCGACGUCAUCUGGGGGGUCAUGAGCCCCCCGAGCAGCCCCGAGACCGACCCGGGGACCUUCUGCCAGAGCGGAGCGCCCGGAGGUUGCCCUGAGGUCAACGGCGGCGCCCACCCACGCCCCGGGGCCCGUUCGCAGUGGCCGAACGAGCGGCUCCGCGGCGAGCCCGAGGCACGGCCGCAGAAGGGAAACCGGACGGCCAACGGCGCGGACCUGCGCAUCCCCACCACGUGCGAGGCCAACGGGGGUCCGCUGCGCCCGCUGCUGCCACUCUGGGGAGCCGCGAGGCGAGGCCCGCGCUGUUGGCCACGCUGAACGCGGCGACGGGGUUGGUGGACGCACGCACGGUCAGGCCGCCGGCCUACGUGGGCCGCUCGGUGGGUGGCCUAGGCAGCGAAGACGAAGACGACGACGUGUUUGAGGAGCGGGCGGGGGCCGCUGGAGCCGUGGGGACCGCGUGCCGGGGACGUGAGCUUGCGGGGAGGGAGGUCAUCCCUCUGCUAACCACGAGGUCCGUGUCGGACCCGGGGCCUCCGAGCGUCAGCGGGGUUUGAUCGCCGCUCGCCACACGCCGGUAUGUCCCUCCCUGUGUCGCCCUCCGCUCCAGCGAGACCAAGGCAGAGGAAUCGUGGCUCUCCAGCGGUCGUGACGGCGAAGCGCAGCACCAGCGCGCGGUUCCUCGGCGCCGGCGACGGUGGGGAGCCAACGUCACGGUCGGAGGAGGAACCAGCACUCCCCCACUCACCCUCCCUUGCACUCGGGCAGCGCGAGCACCCGCGUGGUUUUUGCACUCCAGAGGGUCGGGGAGGUGUCGUCACCUGCUGCAGCCGCGAGAGCUUCCGGCAGUGCCAGCAGCAACCCCAUUAGCCAGGUUCGCUGCCCUGUGUUUUGAAAAAAAAAAUGCACUCAGCACUUUGAGCAAUGCCAGGUCGAUGUUUUGUGUUUUUUCUUCUUUUUAACAGAUGGGAGAUGAAGCAAGGAUAUAUCUGGUUGUCUCUCGUCUUGCCCAGUCAAACACAAAUAGCAUAUUCCGCAGCUUUCCCCGCUACACGCAACGUCACUCCAGUGCUGUAUUUGCAAGUUAAGAUAACAAUGGAAGCAGGGGUAGACAUUAGUCAGGCGUUACCGCGCCCAAACUCCCAUCAUGCUGUGCAGUAUUCCAUCGUUACUUGGAAGGGAUCCGCUCCGGAGAUGUUCGUGAAAAGUACAUGUUGUGGAUAAUGACAUUGGCUCUAUGAAUAUCGUACCCGCAGCGUCUGCGGAUGCUUGUAAAGCUUCAAGAAGUUCUCUUUAUCUCGCUCAUCACUUUAUCUUUCGUCACUUUCUUUAUUAUAACUUUCUCAUCACUUUCUCUCUCGGUGCGGUAGUCAUGUACAGUUCCAGAUGCGAUCCGUGUAUAGCCAAUGAAAUGCGCUCGGCUGUUAACGGCACUUUGAGCGCGCGUGGGCUCGGGCCGCGUCUGAAUGAGCGCUCGUGGCCCUGCACGUGCAACUUGCUGCGCCGCUCCUCUUGUGAUCGCCCGCUGGAUGCCACGACUGCACUCGGCGGGACCUUAAGGGCAUCAUAGAGAAAAUUAUGACAUCUCGCCUGGAGUGUGCGUCAGUGUGGUGCACUGCUCAGCCCCUUCCUCUCUCCCUCUCGCUGUUCCAGUUGCAGCAGCCACCCUUGCGUUGUGCGACGAGGGUGAAUGGUCACGCUGGCCACAUCCGGGGAGGUGAGAAAUAAAUCUGCGAGCAAAGAAAAAACCUCAGAGUUGUGCGAAAUAUCACGCAAUUUGUGGAAUCAUACUAAAUGUUUAACGGCAGACUUUGACUUUAUAACAUUUCACUCCAGUUUUCUAGCAGUACGAUAAUGUAUUCCAGCCGAGUAUAUAAAAAAAUGACAGUUCACUGAUGAUAAAAUUAUCUUGGUAUUGUGAAGCUAAUUCCCCAGAAUGCAACCUCUAAUGUAGAGGCGUAAUGCAACGGGCGGCUGCUGGCUCCUGUAAUCAGGGUUUUCCAUUCUUGGGCUACAAGUCCAGGCGGACGACUAAGGAACGGGAAUGUGCGGCAGUGCCAGUGCCUCCAUCAUCAGCGCAUCGCCAUCAUCAUCACACCCAGGCGGUGGUGGCUGCACUGCUGCACUUGGCAGCUGUGAUCCAGCGCUGUGGAGGCAGCAGCAAGGGGUUGGUGGAUCGCCGCACAGAUGGGGUGUGAAACUCCCUUUACCCGUUGG